AUGCAUCAGAGCUCUCUUCCCGCCGGUAAGCCACUCCAGGCAGUUCCACCGCAGGUGGCCACGAAGCCAACGGUGGCUUUCACCACUCCGUCGAACUACGCAACCAGGCUGUCUCGACUCCUCAGUCUCAAUUCCUUCACUCCGCUGUGGUGCCCAACCAUCGCCACCGAAGCCACCGCGGAAACCGUCGCUUCUUUCGGCCACCACCUCUCCGCCGACUCCAUUUCUCUUCUCUCGGCCAUCGCUUUUCCUUCACGGACCGCAAUUGAAGCCGCUUAUGCCGCGUUGCUCUCCCUGGCCACGCCUCUCUUACCUCCCGACGCCGCCGAUUCCCUCGUUCUCGCCGCACUAGGCAAGGACGCGGAGCUGCUGGACUCGGAGUUUCUGCUUAAGUUCUGUUCUAAUGUCGAUAGGGUCAGAGUUCUGGUUCCUACGAUUCCUACGCCAAGUGGAUUGGUCCAAUCGCUGGGGCUCGGGCGCGGCCGGAGAGUGCUGUGUCCGGUUCCUAGGGUGAUUGGAGUUCAGGAACCGCCGGUGGUGCCUGAUUUCCUCCUGGAGCUGGAGUCCGCCGACUGGAAUCCUGUCCGAGUCGAUGCUUAUGAGACGCGGUGGUUGGGCCCCACCUGCGCGGCGGAGAUAGUGGAGGUGGACGAACUGGAUGCUGUCAUUUUCACGAGUACUGCGGAAGUGGAAGGCUUGCUGAAAAGCUUGAGGGAGCUUGAAUGUGAUUGGACGACGGUCAGAUGCAGGCGGCCGGAACUGGUUGUGGCAGCACAUGGUCCGGUGACGGCAGCUGGAGCUAAGAGAUUGGGAGUGGACGUUGAUGUGGUCAGUGGCAAGUUUGAGAGCUUUGAAGGCGUCGUCAAAGCGCUGCAUUCACGCUUCAGAGGUUUGAGCUCUAGAUGUUUGUGA